AUGCCCACAAGAAACGGCGAGAAACGAGCAAGGCCACAGGCCAACGGCGACGCCUCGGACGCCGUAUGGGAAAAGGUCCUCUGGCGACGGCAGCCGUUCCCGGACAACUACGUCCCACCAUCGUACCUCGCCGAGCUGGACAGCCUGCCUCCACGCCCGCGCCCACGCCUUUUCCCGCUCAUGCUCGCCACGCUGCCCGUGUCGCAGCACCUCGCCGUCAUCGCCCUCUUCCUUGCCGUGUUCUACGCGAUGCUCGUCGGCGACUUUGGCGCGGCCGAGGUCGGGUGGAGCUGUACUGCGCUCGAAUUGGCAGCGUACGCGCUCUGGCGGUUCGGAUGGGGGAGUGACAAGGCGGCCAAGACGGAGUCCCUCCUCCCCGUCUCCGGGGCCCUCAGGCCGCUCCUCCUCCCACCGCUCCUGUUAUCGCUGCUCGCACCGGUACUGGGAACACUGACUUCGGCAACCACCUCCGACUCGAUCUGGCCGCUCGCCGGUGGGCUGCUGUUCGUCCACCUGCUCUUGGCAGACUUCACUACCGGCCCCGACGCGCGCCGGCGGCAUCGCGCGCGUCAGGCAAAGCGACGACGGAGGAGCAGCGCCGGUAGCGCGUCAUCACGCGACGACGAAGGGCCGGACGAGAAGACGCUGACAUCAUCACUGUCGCUCACAUCGGCCCUCUCCGCGUCCGUGGUCCUCGCAUCACGACUCUCCUCCACAGCCCACGUCUUCUCCCUCAUCAUGCUCGCUGCUGGACUGUUUGCGGGCUGGCCAACACUAGCCAAGGGUGUUCGGGAGGCCGGGCGCCCGUUCUCCAUCGCGCUGACAGUGUCCAUGAUCUGGCUCGCGAUCUCGCUCUUCCCCCCAUGCUCGCCCGACGACUUUCCCGGGCGCCCAACACUCAUCUUCCUCUUUGUCCUCUUCCUUGUCAACGUCGUCGGCCCGUUCAUGCUCUGGUCCGGCUGGCGCUGGAAGCGACGCCUCGGAGGAAACUGGGACCCCGCGGUGGUCAAGCUGCGGAGGCGGGGCGUUCGCCCAUGA